AUUAAUCGUUACGUCACGCAUAAUUAAAGCAAGAAUAAUGAGCCGAGGCCUGCGUUGAAGAGUUUUUUUGUGUGUUGGGGGAAAGUUUGAGGAUGCGAAGGCGACGGCGCCUCGCUUCGAUAAUCCUCGCCGCGUCGUCUCCGCCGCCGCCGCUGUUCUAGCCAACUACGACCGAGCUCGAAAAGUCGCCAACAACGACUUCGACCGAAACUCACCGCGCGCUUUCCCCCCCCCCCGCUACUACCACCACCACCACCCCCCCGGGUGAGGAGAGAAGGCGACUCGAGGGCGAGUGGAGGGGAGCGAGAGAGUUGAGGCGAGAGGAGGAGGUGGUGGUGGGUGGGUGGUGGGGGGAGAGACUUUAAAGUCGCGAGUGACUCAACGACGACGGCGGCGGGGUUGGGUGGUGGGGGGUUGAAGGCCCUCCUGCCGCUGAGAGGGAAGCAGAAGAAGGAGGAGAGUGGGACUCAACUCGGGAGACUUGUCGUCUCAACAUGUUUCCUUUCUCAUGAGAAGUUUGUUUUCCCAUUGUUGUAAGUUCACACUCAUAGUUUGUUGUUGUUGUGUUGUUGUUGAUGAUAGCUGUAGAGUUGCUGCAACGGUGUAGUGGUUUGGUUGGGAGCAGUUCGAACAAUCGCUAAAGUUUUUUUCCCCUUCAACUUGUUUUUGUAUUUGCGUUGGGUGGUUUAUUGGUGCUUUAUUUUUGUUAGUUCAUCUACAGUUAAUUACACGCUUAUUUUUUCGUCAUUAGCUUUGCUUUUUAGUCAUCGUACCUAUGUCACCCGUCAGCUGUUAAAGUGUGUUGUCAAUAAUAGUAACCAAGUGUAUACAGCUCGCAUUCAUCACCAAAUUUGUGGCUACAAUAAUUGCAUUAAGACUCGACAGUAGUGAUAAUUAACUCCGUAAGUAUACACAAUUGCCGAUAUUAUUAACGCUAAAAAACACAAAUCACAACUGACCACUAUCACCACUACCAAUAACACUGCUCCUAACACAGCAGUACGAGCUAUUACACUACAAUUACUACUAAUAACGUGACUAAUAACGUAAAGAUUACCAGUGAUAAAAUUACGAUUGCACACUACAAUUAACUCCGACUAAUUUUUAUAUCACUAACAAAAUUGGCAUUUUGUAUUCACGCCAUAACGAUUUAUAAUCACUGUUUUCACUUCACGAUCACACUGAUUAUAAUUACCACUAACAGUGACAGACCUUUCAUAAUAAAGUCACGAGUGCCAAAUCUCUAAUAGUGCCAAAUAUAAGUGUCACCAGACUUAGAAAAGUUUAAAAUCUAUAGUCAAUAAAGAUAUCGGUACUUUAGUUUCAAAUACAAGUGAUCUACGUUCAGCCCUUAAGUGCCAUCGAAAUAGUGCCAAUCUAUCAAACCCAAGUGAUAUCAACCAUCUAAAUCAUAACACCUGUGUCAAAACUUUAACAAGUGCAAAAUCCAACCAGGAUCAUCAAGCCUUGACGAACCAUCACAACAGGCACCGACUCAAUCCUAACAUUGCCAAUAAUCUAAGACUACCAAAACCAGCAAGCACAAUGGACGAAGACAACAACAACCAUCACCACCAUCCCGACCACCACCUCCAACGCCAUCAGCAGCAGCAACAUCACCAACAACAUCAACUUCAACAUGAACACCAGCAGCAGCAGCAUGUGGUGACCUCCCGCGCCGACUCAGCCACGGACCUGGAGGCGCUCUUUAACGCCGUGAUGAACCCGGGCGCCGCCAACAUGCCGCAGUCGGUGCCCAUGCGCAAACGCAAGCUGCCCGAGUCGUUCUUCAGGCCGCCCGAGGCCCGCGCCGCAGGCUGCCCGCACGCGCGCCAGGCGAGCUCGGACGCGGUGCUCUCGGGCGGCGCCGCCUACGCCGGGCUCAGCGCGGCCGAGGCCUGCGGCGCGGGCUUCCCGCAGGCGCGUCAGGCGAGCCCGCUGCUGAGGCCCGCGAGAGGUGCCGUCCAUGCGCAGCACUCGCGCUCGCACUCCUCGCCGGCACUCCUCGAGCCCAUGUCGACCCAGCAGCAGCAGCAGGCGCAGCAGCAGCAGCAACAGGCCCAGCAACAGCAAGCCCAGCAGCAACAGGCGCAGGCGACGGGUUUCCCACACCCCCUGUCCCCGCAGCAGCAGCAACAGCAGGUGGUGGUGGCUGCGCAAGCGGCGAUGGUGCAGCACAGCCGGCAGGGAUCGUACGAGCUGUUGGACCAGAACGAUGCCCCCUUCCCACCCGGCUGGGAGGUGGCAUUCACGGCCGCUGGGCAGCGCUACUUCAUCAACCACAACAACCAGACGACAACGUGGCACGACCCGCGCGGGGUACUGGCGGCGGAGAGCGGCGCCGCCAACCCUGGCGCGAGCCUUGUCGCAGCAAACCGCACCAGCGCACAGGGGCCACAGCAACUUGGACCCCUGCCCGAUGGCUGGGAGCAGGCUGUGACUCCCGAUGGAGAGGUUUACUUCAUCGACCACAAGAACAAGACAACAUCCUGGCUCGACCCUCGCUUGGAGCCAGCUUACAAAUCUCCUCAGCAGCGGCUGACGCCCACCCCAGCUUUCCCCACACAUGGCCACGCACCGAUGUCCCCGGCGGCCAAUCAGGCGGCUUCUGGCCGCGGGCUUCCGACCUAUCAGGCGACGGGAGGGCUGGGUGCGGCACAGAAGCUGCGCCUGCCUAAGGAGAAGAUGAGGGUGAGACACGACAUGAGACAGGAGCUGGCGAUGCGGGGGCAGAUGCCCAUGGAUGUGGAGAUGCUGAACGGAGUGCACACCCCCUCCCCGGGGAAUGGCGCAGUCCAGGACAUGAGGGCCAUCAACACGUCUGGCUCCGACCCAUUCCUUAACAGCGGGGCGUUCCACUCCAGGGAGGCGAGCACGGACAGCGGCCUCAGCGUGGGCAACUACAGCCUCUCGCGCACGCCUGAGGAGAUGCACGGCAAUGGCGCCACCGACGACAUCGAUGCUUGCGACAGCUUGCCCCACGCAGGACAUGGUGCUGUCCCCUUCACCGCCGCCGGUCAUAGCGGCGGCAACAGCACCGGCAUGAAGGCAGCGGCGCAGAAACCAUCUCCAUUUCCACAGUCUCCGUUGCGCGCUCACCAACACCAGCAGCCGCACCAGCCCCAACAGCAGCAGCAACAGCAGCCGUUCUUUGAGUUUCUGGAUGCGCUGCCGGCCACCCACGUCGAUUACGGCAUGAUGGACACGCUCGGGGCAGGAGCAGGGGUGGCACCAGUGACGGCUGGGUCCGGCGUCGGUGCCGGAUUCUCCGGGGGCGAGGAGGAGGGCGGCGACGUCAGCAUGGACACGGAUGACCUGGUCCCCAGCCUACAGGAGCCCAUCUCCGCCGACCUCCUCAGCGACGUCGAGUCUGUGCUGGGCCCAGCCAGGCUGGACAAGGAGAACUUUCUCACAUGGCUGUGAGACUGAAGGAGGAUGGGAGAGAGAGAAGGAGAAGAGAGGAAUGUGUGUGAAGGUGUGAAGGCACGAGUGUGAGCACGGUUGUGUGUGGUUCCAUGUGAUGGUGAUGGUAGGAUGUGUGUGAAGCAUGGUGGUGAUGAUAGGAUAUGUGUGUGUGUGUUUGAGCUCUGGCAGGCGAGACUGUGUUGGCUGGGUCAUGUAGCCCACAUGCCCAGCUACUGCAUGCUCAAGUAGCUUUUGUUUGGCUGUAUAGAGGGGGCUAAACGAGUACGACAUGUGCUGGAGAAGAGAUGGACUGAUGUGGUACGGGUGGAUGUGGAGCUGAGUGGACUUGCCGACAACUGGUACCAACGGUGUCAAGAUUGGCCUCCAUGGAGAAGGAUCGUGAAGGACGCUACUGGGCAGUUGGAGGCAGUCGUCCUCCAACAACAACGGAGGGCAGAGGUGUGACUCUCACAACAACGAGCUGCGCGCCGGAAAGAUAAAAUUCAGCAAGUUGGCAUAGUAGGGGGGUACAGCUGGUACAUCUGCCAGACAUAUCGGUCAGCCAACCCUUGCAACCUGGGUCUGUCCUGUGACCUGUCGGCGAGCCUUCGACACUUUGUGGCCUGAUACAGGUGCUGGGGUGACGUCACCGUCACUUGGUAGUGAAUGGCAGGUAUUGUUAUUGAUGGUGGUAAUAGGGUCUUCUCCAAAAGUUUCGGUAUCCACCCAGGAUCUUUGGAUGUAAUCAGAUAGUUCCAUCAUGGUACCUAGGCAGAGUUCGUGCUCACUCAGGCGUAUCAGAUGCAUUUAACAUUUCGAAUGGAGUGAGCUGUGCUUGGGCUCCAAAUCUGUUGAGCCAUGGUGGAUGAAGCUAUGAAGGACCUGAACGCAGGAGUAGUGAUCGAGACCUGCACAGAUGGUUGGCUUUAAUAUCUUGUCACCUUUAUUUGAAAAAAAACUCUCAUUUGAGCGGUCCAUAGUAUGUGAACUUCAGUAUGCAAAUGACUAUUUUUUGACCAUACAACAACUGCUAAGCAGCUCCUCCUUUGCAAAUUGAG